CCAUUUCAGUCACAAUACUAUUUGUGGUGAUGCUGCAACUGGUGUACUGAAUAUAAAACUAAAGAACCUGAAGAAUUAUCUACAAAACAUACUGUGGCACACAACUGUCGACAUGAGUACUGAUACACAAAGCCGCAGUGAGAAUGAAAAGAACGAAAACAUGGAACAGAAAUUUGAAAUUGUCCCCAAGCAUCAGUGGAUUAACAAUAAUAAAGAGAGCCCUGAGAUGCAGAAGAAUGUGAUUGGAAUGGAAAUCGAAAACCAGAGGAGUCUGUCCACAGAUGGAAAAGAAGCUUUUGAAAGACAGAUUCUGAUUUUAGAAAAUCAGAAAAAGGAGCUUCUGAAGAUAAACAAGCAGUGGGACCAGGAGUUCAGGAACAUGAAGGCAGUGUAUGAACAGAAGCUGAAAGAUAAGUUCACCACUUAUCAACAUUCCCUGAGUGACCUAGAGAAAGAGCUGGACCAGAAGCAGAGGGAUUUCGAUAAAAAGUUGCUGCUUGCCAAAGCAAAACUUGAAACAGCAGAAGAACAAAAGCAGACACUAAAUGCAAAGUUGCUUGAGGCUGAAGAAGAAAAUAAACAUUUGAAAGAAUGCCACUCCUCAAUAACCAAACAAAAAGGAUAUUAUGAACAUGAAAUUGCUCGUCUGAAUAAGGCUCUGUCUGAUGCCAUAAGAAAGCAGAAUGUUCCUUGUAUGUCGCACGGUUUUGAUAGCACAGAAAUAAUGAGAAAAUCUCAUCCUGAAGAACUGACAACACAAAUUGAGGUCCUAAAACAACAGGUGCAGAUAUUUGAAGAAGACUUUCAGAAGGAACGGUGUGACCGGGAAAGAAUGAAUGAAGAGAAAGAAGAAUUGAAGAAAAAUAUUGAACAUCUACAAUCAAAACUUACUCUUCUUAACACACGGCUUAAGACUUAUGAGGAAGACUUUAUCAAGGAAAGGAAAGAAAAAGACUUACUGGGGAAGAAGCUGAAAAAGCAGGCUACAGGCUUUUCACAGUCAUCUACUACCCCUUACCCACCUCUGGCAUAUGCACCCUGUGCACCUUACAUUAAUUAUGGACAUCCCUAUGGAAUCCCUGUCCACUAUCCAGGUCCUGCAUUGAUGAUGCCUCAGACAGAGAGUACAGGUUAUCGGCAGCAACCCAUGCCAGAGUGUCCCUGGUAUCUUCCAUACUCCAACCAGCUUUCACCAGAUCACCAAAAUGGUCAAAAAUGCAGGCCAAAAGAUAUUACCUCAACAAAAAGAAAUGCAAAAUAGCAACCAUGGAAUAAAACUGAUUUGCUAUGAAUAUUUAUCAAAUAAAUAUUCAAACAACACUAGGCCUUUGCUGAUUUACUGCCCUGUUGCAGUUGCUGCUGUUUAAUAUAUUUUUGAAGUAUGUUCUUUGUUUCCGUUUCUAAAAUAAAACAUAAUAAUAUGUUAAAUAUGAAACAAAAGCUUGCCUUUUCAGCUGUGUCAGGAAUGAAACGAUUUUCAUUUGCAUGGAUUAUUUAAUGUAGUAAACCAUCCCAAAGUUUCCAUAGGGGCGUCAGCAACUUCAGUAUCCAGUUACAAAGGAAAACCAUCAGUGAUGAGGAGAUUGUCUUCUGAAGCGGCAUUGAGCAGUUUAGAAGAAUGAGAGGAGAUCAGAUGCAGUAUGUAAGAAGCUAAUGGGGUAUUGACAACGUAGACAAGGAUGUUUCCUCAUGGACUAAUUUAAAAUAGAUGAGAGAUUACUUCCCUCAAAGGGUCAUGAGUCUGUAGAAUUUGCUAUCCCAGAGUAUGGUGGAUGUUGGGACAUUGAGUAAAUUUCAGCAGGAGGUAGACAGGCUUUUGGUUAGCAUUAGUUUGAGGCUGAGAUGAGAUCAGCCAUGAUUGUCUCAAAUGGUGGAGCAGUCUCGAUGGGCCGAAUUACCUACUUCUCUUAGUUCUUAUGUUCUUCAAAAUUGGGACAACUGAUGUGAUGGAAACUGUGUAAUAUAUCUUAUCAUUUUUAGAAUUUGGAUCUUUCAAAAAGGCAGGUGGGUUUUAAUUAAAUCUGUGAAGUUUUUUGGUCGCAAAAAUGAUCAUAGCCAAUUUUGGGAUAGUAAACGAAAUAAAUCAUUUCCAAGAAGACGUUAUGACUUAAACCAACUGCCUAACAGACCUCCUGUGGUAUUAAUGGGGGAAAUAUGUUUUAUACUGUUAGGUUUAUGGUGGGCAGAAUAAACCUGUUAGGGCAACUAGUUUAGUCUUAACUUCAGAGCAGAAGAUUCAAAGUUUGUUCUGAAGGUAGAACAGUUUCUCUGAGCAGGGGACCUGGCGAUGUGGUUUCUUACCAGUGAAAUUUGGAUAGAAACCUUCAAGUUGUUAGAGCUAAGAAAAUUUAGAGUCUCAGAAUUGUGGAAGCUUCAUACCAUGAAACCCAGAAAGCAAUCCUAAAAUCGUCUCUACAUUUAAACUUUAAAAAGAACUGGACAGAUAAAGAUCAACUAAAGGUUUAAAAGCUGAGUUAGGAGUGACUUUUCUUUGGGAUUGAGUCAUUAUAACAGGUGGUGUUGGGAAACCAUUUGAAACUUUGAUGUUUGUGUUAAGAUCUUCCUAACUGUAUUAUAUAUGUAUAGCUUUGUCUGCUUUUCUUUUAUGUAAUAAACUUGUUCUUUUUCUAAAAGAAAA